AUGGCCUUCAUGAAGCUAUUUUUAGUUCUCUUGGUUAUUCUUAAUAGCAUAAGAAUUUCAAGCCAAAAUGGUCUUAUUCCUGAUUUUUACAAAGAAUCAUGCCCUUUAUUGGAAGAACUUGUGGGCAAUAUAGUCAAGACUAAAGUAUUAAAUCAGCCUAGAGUAGCUGCUCAAUUGUUGAGGCUUCAUUUUCAUGAUUGUUUUGUCCAGGGAUGUGACGGAUCAAUAUUGUUAGACAACAAUGGUGUCAUACGAAGUGAAAAGGAUGCUAAUCCAAACAAGAAUUCACUUAAGGGUUUUGAAGUCAUUGACGAAAUUAAGGCAGCAGUUGAAUAUGCUUGUCCUUUAACGGUCUCUUGUGCCGACAUUCUUACUAUUGCUGCUCGUGACUCCGUUGUUUUGAGAGGUGGACCCACAUGGGAAGUUUCUCUAGGUAGAAGAGACUCUUUAACAGCUAGCAUAGAUGAUGCCAACAAAUUCAUCCCAACUCCAAAUCUAUCACUAGAUGCUCUCAUUGCCAAUUUUAGGCAACAAGGUCUAGACACCAAAGACUUGGUUGCGCUUUCAGGAAGCCAUACGAUGGGUGUAGCAAGGUGUGUGAGCUUUAGACAACGAAUUUACGACAACACAUUCAAAGAGAAUGUAUACGAUAGAUAUUCGCACUACCAAGAAUCAUUGAGUUCAAUAUGCCCCAAAACAGGAAAUGAUAAUGCAAUAGCACCACUUGAUUUUAGUACACCAACAUAUUUUGAUAAUCAUUAUUAUAUAAAUUUGGUUGAAUCACAAGGACUGUUGCAUUCAGAUAAUGUAUUGCUACUGGAAGAUCAAGGUGGAGAUAUUCAGCAAAGAGUUUGGGCGUAUGCUAAUAAUAGAAAGUUUUUCUUUGAAUCUUUUGUAGAAUCUAUAAUUAAGAUGGGGAAUAUUAAUGUUUUGACAGGAUUAGACGGUGAAAUUAGGAAGAAUUGUAGGUUUGUUAAUGCUUAAUUGGACUUUACAACAAUAUGAUUAAGCACUGUACUUGAUAUUUUUGUAUUAUAUUUAAUACUUUGUAUACCACUUGCAAUUGGAUCAUAAGUACAUUAACCUCUAUA